UUAUGCAAACUAGAAAUAGGAGGGUGAUUUCUCAAAGCGGACGACGGGGCCGCCAUGAUUUGAUGCACGUUCCGUCCCCGUUCAACAACUCAACAGUAGAGCCAAAGUAAGACGGGAAUAGCCGUGGUAAAGCUACACACAAGCUGUUUACGGGUUUCCUUUACUCUGCUGUUGUUAUUGAGCUGUGGUAAAUCCGGUUUAUCAUAGACUGACUGACCAUAAGGCUGUUGACCCUUCUCUUGGCUCGCCGCACAAAAGCUGUCCCUGAUAUAUCACCAAAGAAUAGCUAGCGGUUAUUCAAUACUUCAACGAUAUUGGUGUAUCCCUGUGAUGUGGAGAAAACAGCGUUUAUCGGUGGCUACAAGCAGCCGAAGUCCCAUUCUCUGUCGUGCAAGUGUUGCUUUGGUUCUGCUUCUCGUCGUUGCAGUAUUGUAUUACGAGGCGAGCCUACAUAACUUCGCCUGGUAUAAUCGCAAUGCCAACGAACCAUGUGAAACCCCGAAGCAUCUUAUGGAAGAUCUGCAAUCCUUAGCCCAAGACACACAUGAAGUGCUCGCUAGUUUGAAAAUCAACCAUUUUCUCGUUUACGGGAGUUUGUGGGGAGCUCUUCGCUACAACCGCCCACUCCCCUGGGAUAACGACUUCGAUUAUGGUGUCUUGUACAAUGAGAUCAGUCAACACUCUGAAGCAGAGAUCAUUGAAGCUUUCAAAAACUAUGGCAUUAAAUGCUACUACUCAUACAGAUUUGGGUUUUACCGUGUUACGCGGCACACAGCAAGAGGGGAUAUCAUGAUCUACCGUGAUUUCUACAACAGUGGAUGGAUGCACAGGACUGGCUGGGAGGCAUACUUGUUUUUCGUCAACUACAGACAUUUUCAUAUGUUCCCGGCACGCCUUGUGAAGGUUCCAAUGCCAACAUCACAGUUCGGUAACUUUAGUAUGCAUGUACCACACGGCAAGGUAGAAAUGCAGAAAUAUCAUUACCCUAAUGAUUGGUGGAAGGUAGGCAAGCCAAGAGGGUGUUAGAAAAUGUCAUAGCAGGCACUGAUUUAGGUGAGCAUCAAGGACAAGACUUAGAAGACUGGCCACUUGUUCUUUUUGCAGUGGUGAAUCAAGGGCUGGUUCUGUUUACUCAAUAGGGCCACCCUUUUUGAUUGUAUGAUUGUAUGCUUAAGAGCAGAUAAAGAUAUAUAGAUAUAGAUACAUAGAUCGCAGAUUGAACCAGUUCGACAAAUUCUAGAUCCACCAUUGCAUAGCUUGCAGUGAGAUUAUUAGAUGGAUAUAUUUUCAAAUGAAAUAUAUAUAUAUAUAUAUUCAUGUAAAUAGAUUAAAUCCAUGAAGAUGGCCACACAGUGGUAGUCCAUGCAUAUUCAAUUGUUUGACCAAUUUCUGCCAUUCUCACAUCCUGUGGAGUAUGUGAAAAUGCAUAAAAUGCCGCACAGAACAUGGGGUGAAAUUUGACUUUUAUAAGACAGCAGGGCUUUUAACACUAUUGUGGCGACUUCUCUAAUUUACGAAACCUAUGGAAAACUACGUUAACACCUGUCUAAGCCGCUAAAUAACAAAAUAAUACAUUCGUUUACAUACCUUGAGUACUAGAGGCUCGAGCUUCACAUGUUUAAUUUCACUUGAAGGUGAAGAAUAUACAUUUAACCCAAGGUACAAAAGGUUUUGUGUUGAUGCAAAUAGACAAUUAGAUUCUGCAUAGCAGGAGUGCGAUGUAUGAAUUGGGCCUUAGUUGUAUUGAGUUUAUCGGUUAUUAAAGUUAGUACUAAAACAUGUUUGUUCUUUAAAAUACAUUCAAUAUAAUAUCUUACUCAAUAAAACAGAGUUUAAUGUCU